AUGCCUCAGCUUGAGAAGGCCUCGGAGGCGGCCACAACAGCAUCAUCACUGCUGCCAGAGUACCCCAAGGGUGCGCAAGUUUGGAUACGAGAUGAUGAGCUUGUAUGGAGGGGAUGUGAAAUACAAAGUACUGUUGGUGAGGAGUUCAUCGUGAAGUGGUCUGAUGAUGACACCGAAUCGAGGAUUCCCAGACGGCAGGAGUUCCAUCUUCGUAAUAAGGAUGUGUUCUCAUGGGAGGGCCUGGUGGUCCUGGAUGACCUUACCCAACUACAACAUCUGCAUGAGCCGGCUCUACUCCAUGCCCUACAAAUUCGCUUCGACACGGACAAGAUAUAUACAUUCACUGGUCCUAUUCUUAUCGCGAUGAAUCCUUUUAAGCGUAUACCUGGUCUAUACGACAUCGACCGACUCGAACGAGUCCUGCGGGAUCCUGCUUGUGCCAGCGAGCCGCAUGUGUUUGCGGUCUCCAACUAUGCAUUCAGAGGGCUGUGUGAUACCGAGACGCCUCAGACGGUGCUUAUCUCGGGGGAGUCGGGCGCUGGCAAAACUGAAACCACAAAGUUCGUGAUGAAAUUCCUGGCGUUGGCUGGCGCUGGGGACAAGGGAGUUUCUAAUGUCGAGAAAAAGGUCUUGGAGAGCAACCCGGUCCUCGAGGCGUUCGGAAACGCCAGGACUUUGAGAAAUGACAACUCCUCUCGAUUUGGUAAGUUCAUCCAACUUCAAUUCAAGGAUGAAUCUCGUCAUCGUCAUCAUCACCAUCACGCCUUCCACGGCCCUAGGGGAAGCACAGCUGCAUAUCUCCGUCGAGAAUUGGAGGCAUCGGAGUUCACCAACUCGUACAGGCUGGCGGGCGCGAAGACGCAGACUUAUUUGCUUGAAAAGGUGAGGGUCUGUGACCAGCAGGAAGGGGAAAGGAAUUACCACAUUUUUUACCAAUGCGCGGCUGCAGCAAUGGCGAUCGCUGGCUCGAGACAGUAUGAUUUCCCCCAGUACCUCGAGGAGGCCCCUUGCGAGGCCAAGAUAGACCUUACAGGCUUUAGUGAUGUGUCUACUUUUAACUACCUCACGAAGUCGAGCACGUUGGUGUUGGACGAUGUGGAUGAUGUAGAGCAAUUUGAAGUCACUGUUCGAGCAAUGCUGACUGUGGGCAUUUCGGUCGGGGAGAUCAACUCUAUUAUGAACAUCAUCGCUGCAGUCCUCAGGCUUGGCAAUGUGAUAGUUACCGUCCCAGAGUAUGAUGCAUCGGAGUUGGACCCAGCAAGCGAGAAGGAUUUCCUCUUGCUGAUGAGCCUCUUGGGCUUGGACGAUGCUGAAGCCUUCAUUAGGGCUCUCACGACCAAGACCAUCACUACUCGUAUGGAGGUGUACCAUACGCCGGUCAGUGUUCACACUGCGGUAGAGUCUUGUGACUCGUUGGCUAGGCAGCUGUAUGGGCUACUCUUCCUGAGGGUGGUCUCUCGUACGAACGACUCUAUUGGUUACGAUCCCAAGGCAAACCUUUUCUGUGGAGUUUUGGAUAUUUUCGGUUUUGAGUGCUUCAAACAGAACUCAUUCGAGCAGUUAUGCAUCAACUACACCAACGAGAGGCUACAGCAGUUCUUCAACAAUUUCAUUUUCAAGAUGGAGGAGCAACUUUAUGCUGAGGAGGGCAUCGCGUGGGAUCCUCUGGACUUCCCCGACAACCAGGACGCUGUGGACCUCCUAGCAGACUCUCGAAUGGGUAUCUUCUCGUUACUUGAUGAGGAGUGUGUUAUACCCGGCGGGUCCGAUAAGAACUUCUGUUCGAAGCUGUGUCAUCGGUAUAAGGAGCAUCGGAGGUUCGAUAUUGUUAAGACUAGACAGGAUUGCUUUGUGGUAAAUCACUUUGCGGGGCCGGUGGAAUAUGACACUGAGGGCUUCAUGGAUAAGAAUAAGGACCAGAUGUCGUAUUCGUUGUUUAAAGUGAUGAAGGGGUCUUCAUCGGAUUACGUGUCAACGCUAUUUACGGAAUAUGAGGAUACGAAAUUCCAAGAUCCUGAUUCGGCCCCCAGCGGAAAGUCUAAAAAGAAGCUAACGACGAUCAGUGGGGAGUUCAAGCAGCAACUGAACGAGUUGAUGGAGACGGUGAGGGAGACGGAGCCCCACUUCAUUCGGUGUAUCAAGCCUAACCCGAUGAACCUUCCGGAUGUCUACGACCGCCCCAGUGUUUGUGAACAACUCAGAUAUGGCGGUGUGCUACAGGCUAUCCAAGUGUCUCGAGCGGGUUACCCUGUACGGAUCUCCCAUGAGGAUUGCUGGCUCGACUACAUGCAGCUGGUGAAGGGCAACUUGGCGGAGUAUUCAGCCGAGGAGGACAUGUCGAAACGGUGCCUUAAGUUGCUCACGACGGUGUCUACGUCCUUGGGUAUAGAAGAGGGCCUGUGGGAGGUGGGGAAGACGUUGGUGUUCUUCAAACAGAAGGCAUUCGAUGCCCUACAGAAUGCUCGUAUGCAUCUGCGUGCGGAGGCGGCCACAAGGAUCCAGGCUCAGUGGAGAGGGCUGAGGACUCGGGCGUGGUAUGGAUUUGCGAUAAUAUGUUUGGUGAAGAUGCAGGCCCUCGUACGGGGCAAGAUGGCUAGGAUACGCGUGGCCAACAUCAGGCGGGAAGUCGCUGCUGUUAGGAUCCAAAGCUGGUGGCGUAUGGAGAAGCAGAGAAUUGCGUAUGAGGAUACACUACGGAAGGUCAUCUUCAUUCAAGCGGUUCAGCGUGGACGGAUGGCCCGAGUGUUUGCUAAGGAGUAUCGCAUUAAUACAGCAGCAGCAAGGAUCCAAGCAGCGUGGAAGGGCUGGCAUGUUCGUCGGCAAUACUGUGCCCUUCGUGGUAGUGCCUUGGCGGCCCAGAGGCAGUUCCGGAUGAGGGCGGCUAAGAUGCAGUUGAGGCGGCUCAAGCAGGAAGCGAAGGAAGUGGGAUCGUUGUUGGCCAAGUAUCAGAAUGCUCAGGCUGAGGUUACUAUGGUGAAGAGGAAGCUGGCAGAGACUGAGGCCUUGCUGCUGCAGUCGAAGAGUGAGAACCAGCAGUUGAAGGUUGGCAGAGAGACUUUGAGCCAACGAAUAGUCGUGUUGGAGGGGCAGCUGGAUGCAGCGGUUAAGAAACAUGAGGAGGAGAUGGAACAGUUGGCAUCGCAGCAUACUGAUGAGUUGGCAGCAGUUGGAGGUGAGAAUUGCGGGGUGCCGGGAUCGAACCUGGGAUCUGUCCAUCUUGCAGGUGCUGCUGCCUUGGUGGGAGGGGCUGUGGCUGGUGGGGCUGCUCUAUCGAUGUCGGCGAGUGGCGGUCCUAAUGCUACCGUUGCGGGGGGCGCUGCUACGUUGUCGAGGGUAUCGUCACCACGCGUGUCACCAACGACGAGCAUCUCUAGUCCGACCAUGUCUGCGGCUGGGCUGGAGACGGCUACUGUGGCAAGCGGCGUGGAGGCAGCUUCGGUGGUACGGCUGAGGCAGUCGUUGGUGGAUGCCAAUUUGAAGAGUGAGGGGUUGGAGAGUGAGAAUGAGAGGUUGAAACAGGAGCUAGCUCGGGUCAACAAGGAGAGGGAGGAGUCGGAGGCUAAGUACCAGACCAUGUUGAAGAACACAGUCUACCAGUCCCAGGCGAGCACCCACCAGGGCCCGGCCCAAUCACGAGCCGUAUCGGAUGCUACGGGUCUGGGCGCGCGCAAUGUUGAUAUCCAGCUGGUCGGACCCCAGGGAGUGGGGAAGUCGCCGCUAUUGGCCGGCCUUAUCCAGCAGCUGGACCCCAGCAAGAUGGCGGAGUUUGAGAGGAAUCGUUCGAACUUGAUGGCACAUUAUCAGCUCCAAUUCAAAGACAGCGGCGGUCGGGAAAGGGUCCUGAAGGUGUUGGACUGCAACGGCAACAAGAGGGCCCAGCAUUUGGUCAGGGAGUGGUUUGCUCGAUCGCGUUGGGUUAUUUGUGUUUAUGACAUGAGCUCGAAGGAUUCAUUGAGGCAGGCGUUGGAACUGAUGAAGGAGGGGGGACGAAUGGGCGCUAAUGUUCUCCUGUUUGGGAAUCUCCAGUCAGUUCAAGCUGGCAAGGCAACCGCCCAGGUUGAUGUGAUGAAGGCUAAGGAUGCGGCCGCUAGUGCCAAUGCAUUAGCAGUUGAGGGCAAUAGGCUUAUGGAUGCGGUGCGACUCAUUCUGAGCGACCUCGAUGCCAACAGAUUUGCUGCGGCUUCUGCGUCUCCACAGGCGGGCAGUGGAAAGGAAGCUGUGGUGUCCACGACAGGAUCAUCAGCAUCGUCGUCCUCGGUAGCAGUAGCAGCAGCAGAAGGAGGAGCAACACCGUCGAGCCGCGCGCUCCGUGCGGACUCCCAUGCAAGUUCUCAUACACUUAGUGGGGCUUUGGAGACCUUCAAGGGCUGGUUUAAGGGCUCAGAUAAUAAAGUUCGCCGAUCCAAUGGGGUGCUGAAGGCCUCUUUACGUGGCAAUAAGACUAUGAGGGAGCGAGGUGGACCCAAUAAGGACCCUGCAGUAGCGGACAUUCGCCCUGUACAGGAAAUACAGGACUCGGAAACUGCUGUGACGUGCAUUGCAUUUGGGCAGGAGAAGCUCCAUCGCUCACACAUUCUUCUGGCAGCAGCCUCUAAGGAUGGUACGGUUGUUGUUUAUCGAUGCUACCGUACUGAGAUGGAGCUGGCCCGUCUGGACCCGUCUGAUUUCCCUAAUGACGAUGCCUCUGAGGCUCGGCAAGAGGCGGCUCCGGGGGCAAAAGUCGUUCUCCAUUCGAGACUGGUUGGUCACAGUAGGGCGAUCACUUCGAUGUUCUUCAACCUUUUGGAGGAUACCAUAGUAACCACUAGUAUCGACAAGUCAGUGCGCUUCUGGAUGGUAGACACAGGAGAAAUGCUCAAGGUUUUCACCGAUAGUUCACCAGUGCCAGUGGCAUGCUUUCUCCCUUUUAACCCACAAGUGUUUGUAGCCGCAAACUCUAAUGCGGUGCUUCGGUUG